GGUCUUUUAUUCUCACGCUUGGACUCCGUUAAGCUGCUUCGAGGAAGUGAAGAUGAACCCCAGCAGCGGAAAGCGCAGCGGGAAGACUUUCCUGUUCACGUCCGAGUCUGUGGGGGAAGGACACUCCGAUAAAAUGUGCGACCAGAUCAGUGAUGCUGUGCUUGAUGCAUUUCUCAGUCAGGACCCUGACUCCAAAGUGGCCUGUGAGUGUGUGGCAAAGACAGGCAUGAUUCUGCUAGUGGGAGAGGUGACAUCUAAAGCCAUUGUGGAUCUCCAGUCCGUGGUUCGAAAUACCAUCAAGAAGAUUGGCUAUGAUGACUCAUCAAAAGGUUUCGACUACAAGACCUGCAAUGUGCUGGUGGCUCUGGAGCCGCAGGCUGUGGAGAUAUCAGACUGUGUGUUUGAGGGGAGGGAUCAGGAGGACAUCGGUGCUGGGGACCAGGGCUUGAUGUUUGGAUAUGCCACUGAUGAAACUGAGGAGUGCAUGCCUCUGACCCUCCUACUGGCUCAUAAAAUCAAUUACAGGAUGAGGGAGCUUUCACAGAACAAAGAGUGUCCUUGGAUACUUCCAGACUCCAAGUCUCAGGUUACAGUGGAGUAUCGAGACAGUGAGGGAGCUCUGGAGCCUCUGCGUGUCCACACUGUGGUCAUCUCUGUGCAGCACAGUCCGGACAUCACCCUGCAAGAGAUUAGGCACAAUCUGAUGGAGAAGGUGGUGAAAGUUGUGAUUCCUGCCAAGUAUCUGGACGAUAGAACCAUCUACCAUCUGCUGCCCAGCGGCAAAUUUCUCAUGGGAGGCCCACAGGGUGACGCAGGCCUCACAGGACGUAAAAUAAUCGUUGAUACCUAUGGAGGCUGGGGCGGGCAUGGAGGUGGAGCUUUCUCUGGAAAGGACUAUUCCAAAGUGGAUCGGUCGGGGGCGUAUGCGGCACGUUGGGUUGCCAAGUCUUUGGUCAAAGCAGGGCUCUGCAAGAGGGCCCUUGUCCAGAUCUCAUAUGCCAUCGCCGUGAGUCAUCCGCUUUCUGUCACCGUGUUUCACUACGGCACGUCGGACCGGGACGAGGAAGAACUGCUUCAGAUUGUGCAGAAAAACUUUGACCUACGACCUGGAGUCAUAGUGAGAGAGCUGGGUCUGAAGAGGCCGAUUUACCAGGCCACUGCAUGCUAUGGUCACUUUGGGAGAAAAGAGUUUCCAUGGGAACAGCCAAAGAAACUUGUCUUUUAGCUCAUCAAGUGUGAUUGGUUAUGGCCAAGGUCAUUAACUCAAAUGGUUUUAGUGUUCUUUGAUUAGAA